AUGUUGUCGACAAACGCAGGAGUCCACAAUGGAGGUGACCCCACCCUGAACAGCCACCACGCUCACCAGCAGCAGCAUAACGGCGGUCCUGAGCCGCAUGUUCUCCUCUUCAAACGUGAGAAGGACUACCAGAUCAAGUACCUCAAUGCACCUCCACCCAAGCCUUAA